UUUUGGCGGUUGUGUUACUCCUGUCUUACUCACCCCCUCCCCUCAGCCUCCCCUCAGCCCUUCCCUCAGCAAGCCAAGGCUGGUGACAGCCUCAAUAUAUUUAAAGAGGACAAGAGUCCCCUUACUCAGUUGAGCUGACAGAGACCACACAGGCAGAUUGACCUUGGCCAGAGUCUUCACCAUGCCAAACUGGGGCGGAGGUGCAAAAUGUGGAGCCUGCGAAAAGACGGUUUACCAUGCAGAAGAAAUCCAGUGCAAUGGGAGGAGCUUCCACAAGACCUGUUUCCACUGCAUGGCCUGCAGGAAGGCUCUGGACAGCACCACAGUGGCAGCUCAUGAGUCAGAGAUCUACUGUAAGGUCUGCUACGGGCGCAGGUACGGCCCCAAGGGGAUCGGGUUUGGACAAGGCGCUGGCUGCCUCAGCACCGACACAGGAGAGCACCUCGGCCUGCAGUUCCAACAAUCUCCAAAGCCGGCCCGCGCAGCCACCACGAGCAACCCUUCCAAGUUCUCGGCAAAGUUUGGAGAGUCAGAGAAGUGCCCACGAUGCGGGAAGUCGGUGUAUGCUGCGGAGAAAGUCAUGGGAGGUGGUAAGCCUUGGCACAAGACCUGCUUCCGCUGCGCCAUCUGUGGGAAGAGUCUGGAGUCCACAAAUGUCACUGACAAGGAUGGGGAGCUUUACUGCAAAGUUUGCUAUGCCAAAAAUUUUGGCCCCACGGGCAUUGGGUUUGGCGGCCUUACACAGCAAGUGGAAAAGAAAGAGUGAAAUGGUGGGCACUCUCACGACGCUGCCAGCUGACGGCAGUGCCGAGUAAGCCCACAGAUGCAGAGUUUGCCCCAGACAGCCCCUUUGUAGCUGGACAGCAUUGCCCCUCAGGAGCAGCCAUAGGCUGCAUCCAAGUAACAAGAGACCUUCGGAAGAAAACACCAGAAAUGCGAUCUGCAGCAGAUGCUUCAUCAUUUACUAUUCUUGGGGCGGGAGAGGCAAUAAAUGUUUUAGUGGUA